GAACCGGAAUGGUCGUAUGCCAAGUCGCCGGUCUGCCUGCAUUGAUCGGCAUUGUUAUUUCGGACUCAAUUUGAUCGCCCUUGUCAAGUCAACGGACGGUCAAGUCCAUUCUCUCCAUUGAUCUCCCGCGUUUCCUCAAUAAGAACACCCACCUGCCAGCUCCCAAGUCCCAAGUGGUACACACACGACGCAAUGGCUGGCCAUUUCAUCCUCGUCGCCCUGGUGCUGCUGCUGCUCGCGGCGCGCGCCGCGGCGUACCCGUGGCAAGUGUGCGGCAAGGCAGGCAACAACUUCACGGCCAACAGCACGUACCAGGCCAACCUCGGCCUCCUCGCGGCGGCGCUGCCCACCAACACCUCGUCGUCCCCGGGCCUCUUCGCCACGGCCGUCGUCGGCGCCGACGACGACCCGGUCUCGGCGCUCGCGCUCUGCCGCGGCGACGUGACCAACGCCACGCUCUGCUCCGGCUGCCUGGCCACGGCCUUCCAGGACGUCCAGAACAUGUGCGCCUACGACAGGGACGCCGCCAUCUACUACGACCCCUGCGUGCUCUACUACUCCUCCGACGCCGGUUUCCUCUCCUCCGCGGACAGCCUCGCGAUGACGAACCGGAUCAACUUCCGGAACGUCACGACGGACCCCGGUGGGUUCAACCGCCAGGUGGCCGCGCUCGUGGGCGCUACCGCCGACUACGCCGCGUACAACUCCACGCGGCGGCGGUACGCGUCCGGGGUGGCCGACCUCGAUGGCGGGGAGUUCCCCAGGGUGUACAGCUGGGCGCAGUGCACGCCGGACCUGACGCCGGCGCAGUGCCGGGGGUGCCUGGCCGGCAUCAUUGCCCAGAUGCCGAGGCUGUUCACGGACCGCGUCGGGGGGAGGGUUCUUGGGGUCAGGUGCAGCUACCGGUACGAGGUAUACUCCUUCCUCGACGGCCCUGUCACGGUGCGGCUGGCUGCGCCGGCCGGAGGGUCCAAGGCUCCGGCUCCGGCUCCAGAGUCGACGGUAGAUGGAGGAGAGAGGAAGUACACUGUUACAGGCAUGGUCCUUGUAAUUCUGCUGCCAACCAUCGGAGCUUUGCUGGUGAUCAACCUUCUUGUCUGGCUCUGCAUCUGGAGGAGGACCAAGAGACCACAAACCAGAGAUGCCAACGGUCAAUCAACUGAACCGAAGAACAUCGAAAGCCUAGAAUCGAUGCUCAUGGACUUAUCUACGCUGCGAGCUGCGACGGGUGGUUUCGCAGAGAACAACAAGCUUGGCGAAGGCGGGUUUGGUGCGGUGUACAAGGGGACCCUCCCUGACGGCGACGAGAUAGCAGUGAAGAGGCUAUCCAAGAGUUCGACACAAGGAGUUGGAGAGCUGACGAACGAGCUCGCCUUGGUCGCAAAGCUUCAGCACAAGAAUCUGGUCAGGCUUGUGGGCGUCUGUUUCGAGCAGGAGGAGAGGCUGCUCGUCUACGAGUUCGUCCCCAACCGGAGCCUCGACCAGAUCCUCUUCGACACCGAGAAAAGCGAGCAGCUUGACUGGGGAAAGAGGCACAAGAUCAUACACGGGAUCGCUCGAGGCCUGCAAUACCUCCACGAAGACUCUCAGCUCAAAGUAGUCCACCGUGACCUCAAAGCCAGCAACGUCUUGCUGGACACCAACAUGAACCCCAAGAUUUCAGACUUCGGCCUCGCCAAGCUCUUCAGCCCAGACCAGACGCAGGGCGUCACCAGCCGUGUCGUUGGGACAUACGGAUACCUGGCGCCCGAGUACGCGACGCGAGGGAACUACUCCGUGAAAUCGGACGUGUUCAGCUUCGGCGUCAUGGUUCUGGAGAUCGUGACGGGGAGGAGGAACAACGGCUGCGCCUCCGGGCAAUCCGGAGAUCUGUUGGCUCUCGUGUGGGAGCGCUGGGCGGAUGGGUCGGUGUCGGAGCUGGUAGACCCGGCGGGCAUGGGCGACGGGUUCUCCAGGACGGACGCGCUGCGGUGCGUCCACAUCGGGCUGCUGUGCGCGCAGGGGGAUCCGGCGGGCCGGCCGGCGAUGUCGUCGGUGGUCAUGAUGCUCGGCAGCGGCACGGUGUCGCUCCAGGCCCCGCCCAAGCCCGUGUCCUACGCCAGGAGCGGCGGCGGAGCCAGCUCGGGCGCGUCCACGGGUUCGGUGUAGGGCCAGUCCUCCUGGAAGUUCAGAACAAUGUGUCGUUUUGCAAUGCAAGUGUGUAUAUGCUUGGCAUCUCUGCUUCGCUGCCUGCAAAGUUUCUCCGUUGCCGUCAGGCAUCGACAGCCUGGCCUGUUCUCACUACCUGACGAAAUCAGAUGGUUCUUAGAGAUGACUGAGAAAUAUCGUGAGAAAUAACAAAACUGUUAUGCUUCUGUUC